UUGACUUUUGGUCCUUGUUUUGCUUUUUGGAAGUUUAAAUUUUUUUUAUAAAAUUUUUAGUUAAGGUUAAACAAUAGUACCAUGCACAAACGGAAUGCAGCAGUUUAAUAUGAAUUUUCUACAUAAAUACAGUCUUACAAUAUUGUUUUUAACUGUUAUAGCAAAUGGUAUCAAAACUGAUGAUAUACGUAAUCAUUUAGGGACUCGGACUCCUUAUAGAUUUAAAUAUAACAAAGAUGAUUCCAAGAUAAAGUAUGGGAAUUGUAAAGAACAAAAGAUUUGGAUGUUAAUUCGCCAUGGUUCCCGAUUACCGAGUGCAAAGGAUAUAGUAGGCGCACAAACUACACUACAAGACUUGAAGUAUGAAGUGUUAUUGCAACAUAAUUCAGGAAAAGGUCAUUUAAAUAGUGAACAGCUCAAAAAAUUACAACAUUGGACCAGUGAUAUGCCAGUGGAACAAGAAAAAUAUUUGACCCUUGAAGGGCAGGAUGAAAUGAUUUUGCUGGCUGAGAGGAUACAAAAGAAAUUUCCAAGUAUUGUCAAGCAGAAAUAUGACAAUAGUACAUUCCAGUUCAGAUACACAGCAACUCAGAGAACACAACAAAGUGCAAGAUUUUUUUCACUUGGGCUAUUUGAUAAGAAAAAUGCAGAGAAUGUAGUUUUUGAACCUGCUUUGAAAGUCGAUACCACCUUGAGAUUUUACAAACAUUGUGAAAGGUGGCAAAAGCAAGUUAAGAAAAACCCCCAUAGUUACAAGGAGCAGAGAUUAUAUGGGAUUAGUAGAGAAAUGAAUGAAACUUUGGAAUAUGUAUCUAAAUAUUUGGGUCUUGAUAGGUUGCUGAGUUUGGACACUGUUACACUGAUGUACAGAAUAUGUGGGUUUGAGACAGCGUGGCAUAAACAUUCUAUGUCGCCGUGGUGCUAUCCAUUUAAUAAUGAGGGUAUAAAGAGGAUGGAGUAUUUUUACGACUUGAAACAUUACUGGGUGGAUGGGUAUGGCAAUGAAUUAACCCAUCGUCCAGCCUGUUUGCUUAUGAAACAUAUGUUUCACAGUAUAAGCAACAAAGGUCGUAAUGCAACAUUUCUUUUCGCCCAUUCUGGUACUUUGCUGAAGAUAUUGACUUAUCUCCAGUUGUAUAAACCGGAGUCUCACCUGAGAGGAGAUACAAUUGACCAUAAAAGGACUUGGAGAGCAUCAAAUAUAGACUGUUUUGCAUCGAAUUUAGCAUUUGUUUUAUAUAAAUGUAAAGACGGGGAAAAAGUAUUGACGUUGCACCAAGAAAAAGUUAUUAAACUGCCUUUGUGUGAAAAUGAGUUAUGCCCAGUGAAAACGUUGAAAAAAUUUUAUGAAAAUUCAUUACAAAAUUGUAAUUUUUCAGAUAUGUGUAAUGUUACGUAAUUUCUACGUAUAAAUUUUACAAUGUAUAUAUUAAUAAUUAUAUUUAUAACUGUUUUUAUACAAAUUAGUGACAGAAAUAAAUACCAGUACAAGGCUUUA